AUGAUGGCGGGGGCUGGUUCCACCACUGUGUCCGGGGCAGGGACGCCGGUGGCGGGGCCCGUAGGCCGCGACAUCUUCGCCGAGGGGCUCCUCGAGUUUCUGCGACCCGCUGUGCAGCAGCUCGACUCUCAUGUCCACGCAGUCAGAGAGAGCCAGGUAGAGCUGCGGGAACAAAUUGACAACCUAGCUACUGAGCUGUGCCGUAUCAAUGAGGAUCAGAAAGUGGCCCUGGAUCUCGACCCCUAUGUAAAGAAGCUACUUAAUGCCCGGCGACGAGUUGUCUUGGUCAAUAACAUUCUACAGAAUGCCCAGGAGCGGCUGAGGCGGCUAAACCACAGUGUUGCCAAGGAAACAGCCCGAAGGAGGGCAAUGUUGGAUUCAGGAGUUUACCCCCCUGGGUCCCCAAGCAAGUAA